GACAGCCUUUGGGAUUCGAUGCAAGUGGUCUGGGAGGCCGACACUGCGGCCUUCGCAAGCCGCAAGAGAGCCGCACGCGCAUGUCAGAAAUGUCGCGCCGCGAAGAAGCGCUGUCAUCACACCUUCCAGCGCCCGCCCGAGCAGCAGGCAGAUUCUGACGGGCUCGAGAGAGUCCUGCCCAAUUUGACUCACAAGGAGCCCAUUCGCUUCGUUGGAGACCUGAACCCCGAAUCCAUCCUCACAGACUUGUCGUCGAGAAAGCAAGGCAGCCAGAGGAUCAGCAGGGUCGGCACUUGGGUCGAACAGUCUCGAGAUCUACAAGAUGGCCUCCCUCCAGAGGACCUUGGUCCGCCGCUCCCGCAGAAGUCGGGGGACAAAACGCCACUCAAUGUCGAGAAGUAUGGCAGAGUUGAGGGCGGUCGGAGGACUCUGACGGGUCAUCAACGCAAUUAUCUGCAAGCCGUGGGAGCCUUUCGUGUUCUGCCCAAGGCAACUCAGGAUGCCCUGGUCACAACCUACAUUGCGUGUUUUGACGGACUACUACCCAUCCUGAACGGCAUUAAACUACUUCGGGACUACACCGAGGGACGGUGCUCGAUAUUUCUCAUGCAGGCCAUAUGUCUUGUGACCUGCAAGACUGAGGAGGCUGCGCCAUAUCUCCGACUUUAUGACGAUGGUCCACUUCUAGACCCCAUCCCAUUCGCCCGCAGUCUACAUACCGGAUUGGACGCAGCUAUGAAAGCUGAUCUGGAACCUGAUAGAGUCACCAAGAUCCAGAUCCUGACUCUGAUGCAUUUACACAACGAUGGACCGGGAGGCAUUGAAGAAUCUUCAUUACACCUGUCACAAGCAAUCCACGAUGCCUGGACAGCCGGUCUCCACAUCCACACGCCGGGACGAUCUCCGAAAGAUCAGUCGAGUAUGCUGUGGUGGACUAUCUGGACCCUUGACAAGAUCAAUGCUUGCCUCGGUGGGCGGCCGAUUGUGAUAGCGAACCGAGACAUUGACAUCGCACGUCCGCCACUGGAAAAUGGGGUUCCGAGGAGUAAUGUCAUCAAUCUGUGGCUGAGAUUGGGAGAGCUUUUGGACGAGGUCAUCGAAUUUUACAGACCAACUGCGGACCCCGAGUGUACAGGGUGGGAGGCUGAAUUCCCAGCUUAUCGGUCGCUGACUGAGGGUAUCGAUUUGUCCUUGCUUCCCGUCUCGGAACAAAGCAUCCUCGAACUCUGCUACCAUGUCAUUGCAAUUCUCUCCUGCCGCGCCGGUGGUCCCUCUACGACCUCCUACGCCCGUCGCAUCUCAGCGGCUGAUCGGAUCCAGGAGCUCCUCUCCAAUGGUCGUCACACAUCCCUCCAACCCAUUCCCUUGGUACCAUAUGCAGUCGGCCUCGCACUGACAGUCGCAUACCGUGGUCUCCGUGACAACGCAUUCGAAGACACCGAUCGCGCACAGGCCGAUCUCGCCACGCGCUGUGAGACCUUGGAGGCCUUGAGCAUGUACUGGUGGACUGCAGACGCAAUGGCCAGACUGGGGCGGAAAGCGUUGAAGUCUUUGCAGCAGACAGGGGUGAGGAAAGCCAGCGUGGCGGGGCUCAUGAACGCAAUGGAAGCAGAGGUCACUGCGUGUAAGUUUGGACCAUUUGAGGGCAAGCGCCAUGAUGGUGGGCAUCAUUCCCACAGUGCUUCCACCCCCGCUACAGCUAUUACUGGAGCUGCCACCACAACACCGAUGAUGACAAAAUCAAUGUCUUCUGGCGCUGGGCCUGGAGGAAACGGGUUACACGUACUCUCCGAUGCAGCAGCCGCCCAAUCGACCGGAACAGGGCGGAAUCUGGCUUCCUCAUCCUCUCCCAGCAGCGGCCACACCAGCAGCAAUAGCAAGAGUUUUGGGAAUGCCGCUAUCGCUAGGGCCAUGUCCAACACGCCGGUAUCACUGUUGACCACCUCCCCCAAAUUGUCGCAGUCACAGCAGUUCAACCACAGCUAUGCCUCGGGCUUCAGCCAGAUCCCACCCAUGUCCGCCUUCCAGUACCAGAACUACAACAAAAGUACCCGGUUCCAGACAUCCGCGCUGAACAACCAGCACCAGCACCUCCACAACCCCCUCGCGGCAAGUAGUAGCAGCAGCGCGUUCGCGCUCGACGUGCCGUCCUCGUUCGGCCCGGGCAUCUACGACCCGCAGUUCACCAACCUGGACGAGCUGUUCGACGGCUUCUUCGACCUCAGCAUGCCCACCAUCUUCCAGGACCCGCUCUUCGACGGCGACGCCUUUGUCAACGCCGACCUCGACUUCGGCAUGGACCCCGCCAUGGCCACCAUCGAGGGGCUGGGCUAUGCCACGGACGUGAGUGGUGCCGGCGCCGAUGGUGUCGGCGGCGGACUGCAUACAGGACCCGGAGAAGGAGGGGUGUCGGCGUCGACGUCGGGGCCAACAACAACUGGAUCUGCAGGGUCCGGGAAUGCUUCCUCGACGACUCCCAAGGCGUCCGCAGGUUCGGGGCUUCAUGCCUCGCUCGGCACGGGGUAUCCGGAGAUUAGCAUGCAUUGAUCGCAGUUCCCCAGAUCUCCGAGUCUGGUUUGCUUAAGCAUGGGAGUCAAAUGAUUUGGUUAUGAGUACGGAGUAUAGUUGUUUGGCGUUCAUUUGGGGACUGGAUAGCGACGAGGAGACAGAAGAUGAGGAUGAAUUUGGUAUAUAAAGACAGACGCGACGAAGGGUUACAUAAUUCUAUUCACAUUGGAAGAACGUUGAACGAGAGCGUCCACCACGCUUGUCUGCGGAGCCGGCUUCAUUGCGUCAAUCGAGGGUACCAGCCCCGACACCGACUCC